UAUAUUUUAAACCGUAACCCGAAUUGAGAACUGAGCUUGAAAACUGAAAAGGAUGUUUAGUAUGAUUUUCAAAAGUUGCACACAAGACAUGAACACUUGCACAACUCGUCAGAGGAUUCUCCUCCAAACGCUUUCAAGUCGACGUAACAUGUAGUCGAAAGAUAUGUUUUCGUAACAGUUUUGUUAGUACCUAAGGAAUGAACAUGUAACGUCGACUAUUCUCGACGGCCCAAACAUAAGAGUCGCCUUUGAAAAGGCGUCUAGCAUUACCCUUUGGAAAAUGAUUUGGGUCCCAGAGAGACUUUGCAGUUGUGUAGUCGCAGGCGGCCAAACCUGAGCUUUCUCUUCUUCCGACACCAGUAAACAUUAAAACCAUCAAAAUCCCAGAAGCAAUCUCUCUCUCUCUCUCUCUCUCUCUCUCUCUCUCUCUCUCUCGUCCUUCUUUAGAAAAUAAGGAAAGAAAGAAAAAUGAGCAUAGAGUGCUACGUGGUGGUGCACAACAUCGCGAAGCGGCACAACGUGGGCACACUAGCCCGGAGUGCCACGGCCUUCGGUGUCUCCGAACUUAUCCUAGUGGGCCGCAGGGACUUCAAUGCCUUCGGAAGCCACGGUUCCACCUCCCACCUCCGCUUCCGCCACUUUCAUUCCCUCUCUGACGCCCGCCAAUUCCUCAAGGAAAAAGAUUGUGAUAUUUGUGGCGUGGAGAUCACAGACACUGCUAUGCCCGUCAAUCAGCAUCCUUUCAACAAGAGCACUGCUUUCCUACUCGGAAACGAGGGAACAGGGCUUUCUGCCAAAGAAUGUGAAAUAUGUGACUUUUUUGUUUAUAUCCCACAAUACGGGUUUGGUACUGCUUCAUUGAAUGUUACAGUAGCGGCUUCUAUUGUAUUGCAUCAUUUUGGAGUUUGGGCUGGCUUCCCUGAGAGAACCCGUGAUGGGAACAAGUAUGUUGUGGCUGAGAGACCCGUUAAACAGGGGAGGCGAAACUACUGUGCAGAAACAGCUGAUACCAUAAUUGAAGAGCGUAAAUCUAGAAGGGAAAAUACUUCCAGUGGUUUCUUUGAUGAGAGCGGAAAUAGCAAUUCAGCUUCUAACCUUCUGGAUGCAUUGUUCGGUGAUGAUUGAUUCGAGGGAGUUAACUAUUUGAUAAAAUUGGCAUCAUAAAGCAUCGAGAACAGUGUGGGUUGUUGUGGGUCUACAUUGCCUCUCACCUAUUUCUUCUAAACAGAAAGAAACAGCUAAUGCGUAAGCAGUGACUCGAGAAAAGUCUGUUGCUAGAGAAUUAUUUUAACUAAUUGAGAGUGAGAGAAAAGCUUUUUGAUGGAUGGAUGGAUGGAUGAUGUGUUGCAAAUUGAACUGGGGACAUUAGUUAAACUUUGAUCCAUUUUGGCUGGGAUUAGCUCUCCAUGUAAGAGUAUUGGUAAUCCCUUUCUGAUACGUAUGAGAAAUUUGUUGAUGAUCCAAUUCUCUUC